AUGCUCUUAAUUAUCUCAGCUUGGUUUCUUUCUCCUAAUUUUCCUCAAUUUAAAACUAUUACUGCUCAUGUUGGGACUUCUAGUACAGUUGUCAUUGUAAGUCAUAUUGUAGAUGAACUUGGUUUCAGUUCUUAUCCUUCGAUUUGUGUCCUUUGCAGAGUCUGUGGGGAAUCUGAUGCAAUGGCAAUGUCUAGUAAGUUCGAUCUGUCAUCUGAUAGCCCAGAUAGACCGAUAUACACCAGUGGUCAGCGUGGAUCCCACUUAGCUGCUCAAAUGGACAGAUCGAGUAGCUUUCGUGAGAGCAUGGAGAAUCCAAUCCUAUCUUCUCUCCCGAACAUGACUCGAAGUAGUGCUGUAGUAGCACAGGGAGACCUGGUGAGCUUCUUCCAAUGCUUGCGUUUUGAUCUAAAGGUGGUGGCCGCAGACCAUAAGUCUAGUCGCCAAGGGGACUUUAAGCGACACAUGAAUGCUGCUCUUGGAAUUUCAUCAGAUGACUCUCCUGGUUCUUCGAAAGGCAAAGUGGUGUCGCCUCCCUCACCUGAGGAAAUCAAGCGAGUGAAGGCUGGUCUGCGUGAAAGCUCUGUCAAGUGCAGGGACCGUGUGAAGAUUUUCAAUGAAGCCUUGUCUGUAUUCAACAAGUUUUUCCCGACCAUACCGUCAAAGAAGAGGUCUAGAUCAGAAGGUUAUUCUAAUGAUCGGCCUAAUGCUUCAGUAUCAAAUGAUCGGUCGGUCCUUGGUCCAAGCCUGGGUAAAAUGGGAAUCCAAAAUCAUUGUGGCACCAGUGGUUUUGAACUUGAACAACAAAAGUCAGAAGAACGGACCAAAAAUGCUGUUCCAAACAAGCGCACACGAACUUCUUUGGUGGAUGUGCGGGUAUGCACCUUCUGUAGUUUCCUACUACUUGUGCUUGCACUGCUCGCAUUUUUUCCAGCUUGGUUUACAGUGCCUAAUCAUAAUUCCAGUGGUGCCUUUCAGGGUAAUGCUCUGGUCAGGCCAUCUGGAGCUGUUGACAGAGAUAGGGAAAUGCUAAGGCUUGCAAAUAGUGGUGGUGUUCAAGGUGAGGAUCGAAGUUUAUCAAUUGGUGUUGAUGGUUGGGAAAAGACAAAAAUGAAGAAGAAGCGUUCUGGGAUAAAGCCAGAUGUUUCUUCAAGUGUGGUAUCAACUAAACCCGCAGAUGGCUACCGGGAACCAAAACAGGGAGUGCUGCAAAGACCUGUUUCUGACGCUCGUUCAAGAUUGAAUAUUGAUUCCCAUGGGUUCAGGCCUGGAGUUUCUAAUGGUGCUGUUGGAGUUGGAAAAACAGAUGGUAUCUCACAACCGACAGGCUUGAGUGUGCGAUCGAUGACCCAUAGGGCUGACCUGGAGAACGGUUCUCUUCUAAAUGAUAGGAGAGAACGCCCUCUUGGUUCUGAUAAGGAAAGGGUGAAUAUCAGAUCUGUUAAUAAGGCAAGUGUUCGGGAUGAUUUUAAUUCUGCUAGUCCCACUUCAAGUGGAAAAAUGAAUCCGUCUAUUCGGGCUCCCCGAUCAGGUUCAGGCAUUACACCCAAGUUGUCCCCAGUUGUCCAUAGAGCAACUGCUCCCAAUGAUUGGGAGCUCUCUCAUUGUACAAACAAGCCACCUGCUGUUGGAGCUAACAAUCGCAAACGCACAGCAUCUGCUCGGUCUUCAUCUCCACCUGUUGCCCACUGGGCCGGUCAGAGGCCACAGAAGAUCUCUCGAACUGCUAGAAGAACAAAUUUGGUUCCCAUUGUUAACAACGAUGAAAGUCCUACUUUGGAUAGUGUAUCUGAUGUUUCAGGUAAUGAUAUCGGGGUGGGAUUUGCCAGGCGCUUGAGUGGCAAUUCUCCUCAGCAAGUUAAAUUAAAAGGUGACACCUUAUCCUCAGCCGUGUUAUCAGAAAGUGAAGAAUCAGGGGCUACAGAGGUUAAAUCUAAAGAUAAGAGCAGAAAGUCUGAUGAGAUGGAUGAGAAAGCUGGACAGAAUGCUCAAAAGAUAUCACCUCUGGGCCUUCCAUCAAGAAAGAACAAGCCGGUUCCAGGUGAAGAUCUUGGAGAUGGCGUUCGCAGGCAAGGGAGGACUGGGAGGGGUUUUACUUCAACAAGGUCUCUUAUGCCAAUGGCCAUUGAGAAGCUUGGCAACGUUGGAACAGCAAAACAGCUUAGAAGUGCCAGACUUGGUUUUGAUAAACAUGAAAGCAAGACAGGCCGUCCCCCAACCAGAAAACUCUCUGAUCGUAAGGCUUAUACACGCCAAAAGCAUACAACCAUCAAUGCAACAGCAGAUUUUCUUGUUGGUUCAGAUGAUGGGCACGAAGAGCUGUUGGCUGCUGCAAGUGCUGCUAUUAAUCCCGACCAAGCCUUUUCCAGCUCAUUUUGGAGGCAAAUGGAACCAGUCUUUGGUUUUAUAUCUGAUGUAGAUGUUGCUCACUUAAAACAACUGGGAAGUAUUGUAUCUACUGCACCAUCGGCAACACAAGUCCAUUCUCAUGCAAACAACUGUAGUACUGUCCCUAAUGGGCAUGGGUUAUUUGAACAUGAGCGGGAGGUUGAGCUUGCUGCUGAAACUAGGACUUCAGAACUUCUUUCGGAUCAGUUAAUGCCUGGAGAGAGAGAAGUUCCCCUUUCUCAGAUACUAUUGGCAGCCAUAAUUUCAGAGGAAGAUUGUACCCGUGGAAAUGGAGACCUGGAAUUUGAUGCAUAUGGAGCUGGUUUUGAGCUUGAUGGGGAGUUGGGAUCAAAUUGUGUGAAUCACCUAGAAAAUUUUCUGUUUUCUGGACAUACUGCAUUUAAUGGUUACAAGUUGACUGGGAAGCCAGACCACAAUGAGACAGAUAUUGAUAUAUCGGACAUCCCAAACAUGGGUAGCGAUUCAAACUUCAGACAUGCUGUGAAUGGUGUACUUUCAGACCAUGCAUUGGUACCUGGAAUGGCCUGUUCCGAAUUUCAAUAUGAUAAUAUGAAGAUAGAAGAAAAACUCCGUCUGGAAGUUCAUAGUCUGGGAAUUUUUCCAGAACCAAUGCCUGACAUGCAGAUGGAUGAUGAAGGAAUCUGUGGGUACAUCAGCAAAUUACAGGAGAAUCGCCAUGGGCAGGUUUUGAAGAAGAAAGGUUUAUUAGACAAGCUGUUGAAACAUGCCUUGGAAAUGAAAGAACUUCAAGAAAAGGAAUUUGAACUACGUGCUCAUGACAAACUAGUCACAAUGGCCUAUGAAAAGUACAUGAGGAUAGAAUUAGAUAAGGGCCUGUCCAAAUUGUUUCAAUAUGAUUUGCCUGUUCCAGGAAGAUUGAUGAGAUACUGUGAAAGUAGGAGGAUAGAAUUAGGAGAAAUGCAGCAUGUCAGUAUUGCUCUGAAUUCUGAAGGUGUGAAUGAUGUAAAUGUCGCUACUGAUGUCAUCAGGCUACUUCAGCGAUCUCUUAUCUCCUUCCCUGGCCUUCUUUGUGCACUUCACUGUGGGACGUGUUGGGGUCCAAAUGCUGCUGGUGGGAAGAGUUCCAGUAACAAAAUGGCCAAACAAGCUGCCUUGGCAUUUGUUAAACGGACACUAGAACGAUGUCAUAAAUUUGAAGUUACAGGAAACAGCUGCUUCAGUGAGCCCUCAUUUAGGGAUAUGUUCCUUUCUGGGAUUGCCCACCUAAGUGGUGCACAAUUAGUGGAUACUCCUACCGAUGGUGAAUCUGCAAAGUUGUAUGGCAAUACCUCAACCCGCUCUUUGGAUCCCAGAGUUUCAGCUUCCAUGGGUUCACAGCCAAGUCCUCGAACUUUACACUUGGUUCAGAAUGGGGAUAUUUUCAUCCCAAAUCCUUCUGAUCUGCUUCCACCUGUUAAUCGCUUAUCUGAAACUGGUAAGGAAGAUAUGUGGUCAAACAGGGUGAAGAAGAGGGAAUUGUUGCUUGAUGAUGUUGUUGGUGGUACUGUUGGUAGUCCAUCAAGUGCUCCAUCAGGAAUAGGAGGUUCUCUGUCGAGCAGUACAAAAGGGAAGAGGAGUGAGAGAGACAGGGAAGGAAAGGGGCACAGCAGAGAGGUUUUAUAUAGAAAUGGAACUAAUAAAAUCGGUCGACCAACAUUAUCUAACGCAAAGGGGGAACGAAAAACUAAAACAAAGCCCAAGCAAAAAACUCAACUCUCUGUUUCUGUGAAUGGCCUUGUUGGCAAGAUGUCAGAGCAACCUAAAACAAAUUUGCCUUCUGAUGCAAAAUCAAGUGAAAAAAGUAAUACCAAAACAAAGAAUAAGUCUGGGUUUGGCAUGGAUGCGUUGGAUGAUACUAUUGAUUUGUCUAACCUGCAGCUGCCAGGAAUAGAUGUAUUAGAUGACAGCCAAGGACAGGAUCUGGGUUCAUGGCUGAAUAUUGAUGAUGAUGGAUUACAAGAGCAUGGUGACAUUGACUUCAUGGGUCUUGAAAUUCCAAUGGAUGACCUUGCAGAUCUAAAUAUGAUGGUUUGA